ACGUAUUACGCAGGGUACUGCGUUGUUUGUACGCUGGUUCUGAAGUUAGCUAGCCAGCUAACUGCAGUGCUAUUUGGUUACUAUUAGUGAAAGUCACGUAGUCUUAAAUAUCUAGUUACAUACUAUAUCCUUUAAAUACUAAACCUGUGUUUCUCAAGUACAGUAGCCGCCUUCAGUUUAGAUUCAGUCGGUAUUUGUCGUGGUAGUAUUGCCGUUAGCCGAGGCUAACAGGAUUCUCAAUGGAGGGCAGCGCCAGCGUGAGGAGAGCGCUUUCCGGGACUCUCGUCCCUAUGACGGUCACAACAGUGGCUCUCCUUCAACAUCAAUCCGAGCAGAACGAGAACGAGAAGGGGAAGGUGCAGAGAAAGGUCCUCGAUGAAGAGGAGUACAUCGAGAGUUUAGAGAAGAUCAUCCAGCGGGACUUCUUCCCAGAUGUGACUAAAUUGCAAGCGCAGAAGGACUAUCUUGACGCAGAGGAAACUGGUGACCUAGAGAGAAUGAGAGAGAUAUCCAUAAGAUAUGGAUCAUCUUUGACAAAAUCUACACCACGGUCUACAGCGCCCUAUGUGACACCAGCAAGCUUUGAGACGCCAGUGGGCCACUCAGGGUCUCCCUCCUCCUCUCAUGGCAAUAAAGGUUUAGAUGGCGAGAACAAGGAUGAUGGCAAGGAAGAGAAAGAGCUGCCCUGUCUGGAUCGCUUCCUUGCUAAAAAUACCAGUGAGGAUAAUGCAUCGUUUGAGCAGAUAAUGGAUCUGGCUGAAGACAAGGAGAAGCUGAGGCAUUACUGGUUAUAUGAGGCCGAGGCUGAAUACAAACAGCGCCAUGAUGAGAACCUUGCUUUACCAUCAGCAGAGAAAGCAGCACUUGAAUGUGUCAAAGCCGGACUCGAGACAUGGGAGUACAAAGCAAAGAAUGCCCUGAUGUAUUAUCCAGAGGGUGUUAAAGACGAUGAUGCUCUAUUUAAGAAGCCACGGGAGGUAAUUCACAAGAACACACGCUUUGUUGGAGACCCAUUCAGCAAAGCUCUCAACAAAAGCCAGAUUCAGCAGGCUGCUGCCCUAAAUGCACAGUUCAAACAGGGUAAAGUUGGCCCCGAUGGGAAAGAGCUCAUCCCACAUGAAUCCCCAACAGUGAAUGGAUAUGGUUUUGAGAAUAUGCCGUCCCCUGCACCUGGUGUAGCUGAGUCGCCUCUAAUGACCUGGGGUGAGAUCGAGAGCACCCCAUUUCGUCUGGAUGGAUCGGACUCCCCAUAUGUUGAGAGGAACCACGGUCCAUCAUUUAAGAUUCCAGAACCAGGAAGAAGAGAGAGGCUGGGUUUAAAGAUGGCCAAUGAAGCUGCCGCUAAAAACCGCGCUAAGAAACAGGAGGCAUUGCGAAAGGUUACAGAGAACCUCGCAAGUCGUACACCUAAAGGUCUGAGUCCAGCCCUCACCCCCGCCCUGCAGAGGCUUGUAAAUCGGACAUCCAGCAAAUACACGGACAAAGCUCUACGAGCGAGUUACACCCCAUCACCCUCGCAUGGCGUCACUGGCUGCAAGUCUCCCUUCGGUGGUCCAUCCACUCCCUCAGGAACGCCAACACCAGACAAAGCCAAGACUCCGAGCUCUCAGGACCUUACAUCACUCACAGACAAUCUGCUGCAACUCCCCAAGAGACGAAAAGCCUCAGACUUUUUCUAAGUAAGAGAAGCUGUUCUCUGCUGGGAUUGUACAAAACAGACAUAUUAUAAUGUGGAGAAUUUGAUUAUGAACUGUCCAGAUCCUGUUUUCUCAAAUUAAAGAGCACAUCUUUCAGCUGGAUGACUGGAUAAAGAAAUACACAGAGGACUGAAGACUUUUAAAGGAGUUAUUUGUUACAUGUUUGCGCAGAUGAGAGAGCGAGAGAGAGAGCGAGAAAUUAUAAUCAGUAGCUGUUUCUGAGAAUCACACAUACAAAUGGGAUUUCAAUGCACGGCAUCCGAUAGCUGUCACCCAGCUUUCCAUAAAUGCUGCCAUGACAUUUCAGUGUUUGUCUCUGCAUCGUAGAAAUUACUUAAAUGUUUUUGUGUUGGUGUUUUUGCCCUAUGUUGAAAAUAAUGUUAAGGCUGAGCUAAGCUCAGCAUCAUAAAUCUGUACAACACUUUCCUUAAAAUCUAUAAUAAAAUUGGACAUUUUGACUAAAAAGGUCUGUAAAAUAAAUACUGUGUAUCACCA